CGCGGGCCGCGGACCCAGCCGCAGGUGAGCAGGUCCUCUGGAAGGUUCCAAACCCUCCCAUCACCUGAUGCUGCUGGUCACGUCGGGAUGGCGUUAAACUCGGGAUCGCCGCCAGGUUUCAGGCCUUACUAUGAGAACCAUGGGUACCAACCGGAAAGCCUCGGCCCCUCACCGCCCUCCGAGCCCUCCCUCCGCGGCGAGUACUACCCGUCGGCGGUGCCCGCGUACUCCUCCAGGGUCCUGACGCAGCACUCCUCACCGGCCGUGGUCCUCAGGGAACCCAAGUCCGCGCCCGGGACCGUGUGCACCUCGGGGAAGAAGGUGGCGCUGUGCAUCUCCCUGGUCCUGCUGAUCCUGGCGGUGCUGGGCGGGGUGGCCGGCUUCCUGCUGUGGAAGUACAUGGCGAACAAAUGCGCCUUCUCCGGGAUGGAGUGUGGCUCCUCGGGGACCUGCGUCAGCCCCUCACAGUGGUGCGACGGGGUCCUGGACUGCCCCGGCGGGGAGGACGAGAACCGCUGCGUUCGCCUCUACGGACCCAGCUUCCUCCUGCAGGUGUACUCGUCCCAGAGGAAGGCCUGGUACCCCGUGUGUCAGGAUGGCUGGAGCGACGCCUACGGCCGGGCCGCCUGCCAGGACAUGGGCUACCGGAAUAGCUUCUACUCGAGCCAAGGAGUCGUGGACGACAGCGGGGCCACGAGCUUCAUGAAGCUGAACUCCAGCGCCGGCAACAUGGACCUCUACAAAAAGCUCUACCACAGUGACGCCUGCCCUUCCAACACCGUGGUCGCGCUCCGCUGCGUGGAGUGCGGGGUGUCCUCCAAGAUGACCCGCGAGAGCCGCAUCGUGGGCGGGAGCAAAGCCCGCCCCGGGGACUGGCCCUGGCAGGUCAGCCUGCACGUGCAGGGCAUCCACGUCUGCGGGGGCUCCAUCAUCUCCCCCGACUGGAUCAUCACGGCGGCGCACUGCGUGGAGGAGCCGCUCAACAACCCGUGGUACUGGACGGCGUACGCCGGGGUCCUGAGGCAAUCCUUCAUGUUCUUCGGGACCGGACACAGGAUAAAGAAGGUCAUCGUCCACCCCAAGUACGACACCAAGACCAAGGACUACGACAUCGCCCUGAUGAAGCUGCAGGCGCCAAUGACCUUCAACGACAGGGUGAGGCCCGUGUGCCUGCCCAACCCAGGCCUGAUGCUGGAGCCCACGCAGUCCUGCUGGACCUCCGGGUGGGGGGCCACCUCCGAGAAAGGACAAACCUCAGACGAGCUCAACGCGGCCAACGUGCGCCUCAUCGAGACCUGGCGCUGCAACAACAAGGCCGUCUACAGCGGCCUGAUCACGCCGGCCAUGAUGUGCGCAGGCUACCUGCAGGGGACCAUCGACUCCUGCCAGGGUGACAGCGGAGGCCCUCUGGUCACUUUGAAGAGCAGCGUCUGGUGGCUGGUCGGGGACACGAGCUGGGGGUCCGGCUGCGCCAAGCCUAACCGGCCCGGGGUGUACGGGAACAUCACGCUGUUCACCGACUGGAUCUACCGGCAGAUGCGGGCAAACAACUAAUCGGCACGGCCCUGUCCUGACCCGGGUCCACCAGAAAACCAAGGACUGACUUUGCCUCCCUAUGCGUACUGUGUUUUUACGAGUGAUUCGAGGUCCCCAUCUAAUUAAAUCAUGAGCUUGUCUGUUUCUGGCGCUCUCCACAGUUCUGUGCAGGCCACACGUGUGGCUCCUCCCCAGGCUCCCCACCCUCCUCCGGGGCUGGCCCUGGGUGCAGGCCCCUUCUGCACAGGCAGAGCAGCCGCGUGAGUCGGCCCCUUGGGGUCUUCCUUCCGUGCCUUUUUGGGGGUUGCUUUGGGGCUGCACACGGUGCUGGUGCCGUCCACUGCCCGGCACCUUCAGUGGGAGAGGGACGGGCCAGGCAGCCUGGGGGCCGCUCUCAGGCUCAGCCUGUCCCCCUGGACUUCCGGCUGCUCAUGUUUAGGGCCCCAGAUGGAGGCCGGAAGGAAAGGGCCCAGCUUUUCCGGGGUGAUGACUGAUAGUCACCCAUGGGGACUAGGAAUCUUCUAACCCCGCAGGGGUGACAGCCUGGCCGGCGAGCCUGGGAGCUGGGGAGGCCACCGCACACACGACCCCCCCUGCACACCUGGGCAGGUGACCCUCCCAGGGACACCUGCCUCACUCCCGCUCCUCGCUGCCUCUUGAGCUUGUGCUCACCCACCAUGGCGCUUACCUCGGCGGAGCCGGGUGCCUGCGGACCCUCUCGGGCCUGCUAAUCAUGUGGAAAUUAACAUCACCUGGGGAAAUCGGGGGUGCGUGAUUGAAGUCCCACUUUCCAAGUGAUUUCUCCAUGUUACUACCUCAGUGUUUGUGGAAUCUUGAUGGCGAUGUCUGUGCUCCCUCCAAACCAUCUCUCUCCUUGCCACGGAUGCCCACUGCAGGCGGGGGCCGCUUUUACCACCUGACUGAUGGAAUGUUCUGGAAAUGAGAGCUUUGAGGAACAGCCUGUGGGCACAGCCAAGAAGAGACGGGGCUGUGGCCACCCCCAAGGGGUCCCAGGGGCUUUGGCCUCAGCAGGACUCGCCUGUCCCUGGACUCCUCUCAGGCACGCUGCUUUCCAGGAGUUGGAGAAUCCCGCGGCUGGGACUUGCCUGCAGCGGGGUCCGUGGUCCCGCUCACAGGGCACCCCGCCCACCUCCACGCACCGGCCGCCCCCGGGCUCCUAGACACGCAGCCCCCCAGCGGCCAGUGGCCUUGCCAGAGCUUCCCGCUUUCCGCCUUAGGGCCUUGAUUUAUUUAUCGACCACCGUUUGU